AUGGAUGCCUUCCAAACAAUCCUGAAGUUCUUUAUGAACCAGAAAACUGCUAUAGGUUACAGUUUUAUGGCACUGCUGACAAUGGGAGGUGAACGUGUGUUUUCUCUUGUUGCUUUCAGAUGUCCCUGCAGCAAUGAAAACUUCAGGUAUGGUUUGGUAUUUCUUUUCUCUCCAGCUUUUGUUUUGCUAGUUAUUGGAUAUUUCUUGAACAGCAAGACCUGGAAACUCUUUACAGGCUGCUGGGUGAAUCCCAGAAAAAUAUUCCCCAGAGGGAAUAUCUGCCAUUUCUUUUAUGUCUUUGGACAAAUCACUUUAAAUGCUCUGGUAGCCCCUGUGAUGUGGCUUUCUGUGGCUUUGCUCAAUGGGAGUUUUUAUGAAUGUGCCAUGAGUGGCUUGAAGAAUCCUGCCUACUUAAAUGCAGUUUGCCACAGCAAAUCUGCAAAGUGCUUUGAAGAACUACACAAGAUUGCCUGUGACAAAAGCUCCAUGCCCUUUUCAGAGAGUGAUGAACUGAAACGAACUCUUCAAGCACAGUCCCAGAUUUUAGGCUGGUGUGUGAUAGUUACCACAGCUCUUCUCUCCCUGCUAGCCACCUGCUGUGCCAGCUGCCAGUCAAAAGUCAGCCACCUCCAGCUGAUGUUCUGGAAGGUGUAUGAGGGGAAAGAGAAAGAGCAACUGGAGCAGAUUUUCCAGCUGUAUGCCACCAAGCUGAGCGAGCGAAAUCUGAAGUGCUUUUUUGAGAACAAGGAACCAGAAGCGAUUCCCCUGCCAUCUUUUCAGGCAUGGGAAGAUGCUUCCCAGCUCUACUCUUUCAGCAGUAGCAAACAGCAUUACAGCACAAUUCACAGGCUAGUUGAAGAAGUCCGGAAAGAAAUCAGUGAGGAAGGAGAGACAGUGCUGGAUUUUGUAGACAGAGGGGAAACACCAUAGAACAAAUAUAUUUUCAGCUUUUUUAUAUCUUGCUAAUAUAGCAUACUUCCAGGUGGUUUCAUCUCUACAUUUUUUCGCAAUGGCCUCUUUCUUCUUCAUCGUGUUCUCUCCC